UUCUAGUGGCAUUGGUUCUGGACUUAGCAGUGAAAAGAGAACGGGAAAAGGAUCAAAAUUAAAUGAAAACCACCUGACAUUCGGACCAUUAGUUGAUGGUAUGAUAGAAUUUGACAGAAACUCGAAUAAGGCAGCC